AGACGGAAUUUGAGACGUUACUCAACAAGGUUUCGGGGGUGCCCGAGUCCACCUUGGUGGCCAUGUACAUCGCCAGUCUGAAGCAACCCCUGCAGCGCGAGGUUAAUCUUCGCAACCUUACUACUCUACCCAUCACAUUUGCCUUAGCACGAGAACUCGCGGCAUGCCACUUUGAUGCGGCUGGUUCAUCCGGCAGAGAUGGCCGCCGGCCCUGGCAGUCUCGACCACCAGCCCCCAACAUCUGUGGGUCUUUUGCCCACGCCGCCCCUCACUGGCAAGGGCCCACCGACAGCUUCUCCGGGUCGUGUCUCCGACUCAGCCUCGAAGCUACCCAUUGUGUGUUUGACAAACGCCGAAAAGAAUGAAUGUAACAAGAAGGGUUUGUGUUGGUACUGUGAUGAAAAGUGGACGCCCGACCAUAAUUGCAAGCACUGCUUCCUUUUGUUGAUGGGCCCCGACGACGACAAGGAGCGGCCAUUGGAGGACGACAAUCUGGUGGAUGAAGAGGACACAAUUACAGCGCCGGUGUCAUCACCGCCCACCACUGCCGACCUCACUAUUCCGGACGAUGUUCCCGAAGCAGUCCACUCACUCAUACUGGACCACUCUGCGGUUUUUGGGCUCCCCACGGGCCUGCCACCGUCUCGCCCUUGGGACCAUCGGAUUCAUUUGAGUGAAGCAAGAAACUGGGCCCUCGCCAACGCUCAGCUUCCACUUAUCACAAAGAGCUCUAUGCGAUCGUGGCGGCAGUAUCUACUUGGCCGCGAAUUUGUUAUCCGAAGUGAUCAUCGUAGCCUCAAAGAACUCCUUUUACAGGUUAUACAAACUCCGGAUCAGCAAUUUUACGUCCGCAAAUUGAUGGGUUUCAAAUUUCGGAUAGAGUAUAAAACUGGGGCAACCAAUCGGGUGGCGGACGCCCUAUCAAGGCGCGAUGAAGAGGAGACAGUGAGCUCGUUCAUGGCAAUAGCACAACCACUGCCCUCCUUGCUUGACGAUCUUCGUGCCGAAAACAGUACCCUCCCCGACCUUAAAGCACUCCAUGCGGCAGUGGCAGGGGGUUCGGCUCCUCCCCACGUCCAGGUUGUUGACAACCUCCUCUAUUACAAGCAGCGUCUCUACAUCAGGACCUCGCCUUUCCGCGCCUUAUAUGGCCGAGACCCACCAGCGUUGUUCCCCACGCUCUCUGUCCGUGCCAAAUCAUGGGAGGUCGAGGAAAUCUUGAAGGAAUGGGCUGAUUUAUUGACUGAUCUCAAGCUUAAUCUACGCAAGAUGCAACAGCGCAUGCGCGACUGAGUUAAUCAGCAUCGCCGGGAAAUUUUGUUUGCCGUCGGAGACUUGGUCCUACUCAAAUUGCAACCUUAUCGGCAACACUCGGUGGCCCGUCCUCUCUCUACCAAGCUCGGUCGUUGCUACUACGGGCCAUUUCAGGUGUUGGAACGAGUGGGCAAGGUGGCUUAUCGCCU